UCAUCAUCAUCAAGCACUCAUCCGACGAAAGCUCUCGCAAUCAAACACAACAUGCCUUUCAGCUUGAGCACUGCCGCCCGUCGAUCCCGGAGCCUGAUCUCUGCCUCGUCUCAAUCAAUCUCGGGCUCCCAUCUACUACAUCACAGCUCAACCCUAAUCCGGGCCAAGUAUGCCUCCUCGGUCUCACAAUCACCGCCAGCUUUUGAGGUGCCCAAGACGGAGCGAGAGGUGGCGGACAUGCUAGCGAAGGCAGGCUCAAAUGAAGAGCGAAAGAGGAUCUUUGAUGCAUUGAAAGGCGUCCAAGAGGUCGCCGCCAAAGUACCACCGAAGGCCCGAGGUCCAGCGGGUGUACAUUUGAUCCCGAUCGGACGGACCAAACUGACGACGAACCAGACCGGGGUGGAUGUACACCAUUCCCCCUUCGAGUCCUUAUCCAAAACCUACCAGGACACCCUCAAGGCUCUCGAGAAAAUCCCGGCAUCUACCGUCUACCGUCAGGCCGUCCACUCAACCACUCGGAAUAACCUGGAAAUCAUCAAGAAAUAUCUCUCCGCUGCGGUCCCUGGUGAAACCGCUGAUGCCGUCGAACAGCGCGUUAAAGCUGCCGAGAACGAGCUCGGAGUCGAGAUGAUCGAGAAGGCCAUCGAACAGGCCGAAGAUGAACAUCAACUCGUCUUGAAAAUGAUCGAAUACAAAGCUUGGCAAGAGUUGGAGGAAAAACCCGCGCCCGGCCAAUGGGACUACUUCGAGAUUCCAGCUUCUACAUCGUAUCCUAAAAACUGAUGAUCUUGACAGUCCAGUUGGUCCCGAUUCCAGCCUAAAAGCCACUUAUUUAAUAUCAACUUAUAAGAUGUAGAUGGUUGACGAAAAAGGAUGAGGAGAAAUUUGUCGAUUGUUUGACUUGAAAAAAAAGGAAAUAACGAUCUAACUGGCUGACUGGUUAGAAGAUAUGUAACAAAACUGAUAGCUCUGUGGGUUGUGAGAUCUAUAAGAGCCCUAUUCACCUAGAUAUUAAAUCAGAUUACUCGUCCAACUUGAUGAAAUCCCACAUGUUUGGAGUGGGGACACCCUCUCUUAGGGACUCUCCAAAGAUACAAGCCUAACAAAGACUUGUAGAAAGCUUACAGAGUCUAUGUCUCAUAGAGAAUUAUAGUGGUGAUUUAUGUAAAGACAGAGUUGCCAGAGAAUAUUUCAAGAAACAUCUACAGA